AUGGCUUUCACAAGGCAUACGCACAGAUUGCUCGCACAACUCAGCAGCUCCCGGACCAGGAUCGCCAUCACCAACCAGCAGCAGCUGCAAUUGGGUCGCAGACUCGUCUCAUCCUCCUCAAAGUCUCAAUUCAAGAGUCAUUCGUCCGGCGCAUUUCUCAUUGGAGCAAUUGGCCUUGCCGCUGCAGCACCUCUCGCCUACAAGAUGGCUGUCCAGGAACCGUUCCAACUCGACCCUCCAACCCUGGCCGAGCGCGAUGCCCUGACCAAGCAGGACGCCGAGAUCACCGCCGACUCACCCAUGCGCUUGCGCAUGGAGAAGUUCAUCAAGGAGCAGCAGCAGAUCAUCGUCAAGGAGCUCGAGAAGGUUGACGGGGGAAAGUUCCGCAGAGAUGAAUGGAGUCGUAAGGAGGGCGGCGGCGGCAUCACCUGCGUGCUCCAGGAUGGCAACGUUUUCGAGAAGGGCGGCGUCGGUGUGUCCGUUGUCUACGGCACGCUCCCUAAGCCCGCCAUCGCCAAGAUGCGCGUGAACCACAAGAACCUCGACGCCGACGUCGACUCCUUGCCCUUCUUCGCCGCCGGCCUCAGCAUGGUCCUGCACCCCAAAAAUCCCAUGGCCCCGACUGUCCACCUCAACUACCGCUAUUUUGAGACAUCGAACCCUGACGGCACCCCGCAGGCCUGGUGGUUCGGCGGCGGCAGCGACUUGACCCCCUCCUACCUGUUCGAUGAGGACGCCGUGCAUUUCCACAAGACGCUCAAGGAGACGUGCGACGCGCACGACAAGAGCUACUACCCGCGCUUCAAGAAGUGGUGCGACGAGUACUUUUAUAACAAGCACCGUGGCGAGUGCCGCGGAAUCGGCGGCAUCUUCUUCGACGACCUCGAUGAGACCGAGAAAGACCGCGAGAACACCUUCGCCUUUAUCCAGGACUGCCUCAAGUCUUUCCUGCCGGGCUACCUCCCCAUCCUUGAGAAGCGCAAGGACAUGCCAUUCAACGAGGCGGAGAAGGACUGGCAGCAGAUCCGCCGCGGCAAGUAUGUCGAGUUCAACCUGGUCCACGACCGCGGUACCGCCUUCGGCCUCAACACUCCUGGCUCACGGGUCGAGAGUAUACUGAUGAGCUUGCCCCUGACGGCGAGCUGGAAGUACAUGCAUGAGCCCGAGCCCAAGAGCCGAGAGCAGCGUCUGGUGGAUGUGCUCAAGGCCCCUAAGGAGUGGGUGUAG